AUGUCGAAAAGUGUUGCCUCCCGCAUGUCUAUAUGCUGCUGGCGAUCUCUGUUUCCAGAGCUUCGACCACAGCAUUUCCGCCGGACACUAGUCACGCUACAACGCGGCCCAGUUGAGAAGCACGAAGUCCCGUCCGAUCUCCCAUCACAGUACUGGUCUCAAAUACCGGAAAGAUUCAGACCUGAUAGAGGGAAACGAGAGAUAGUUAUACAUCAACCACCCCGAUCCGAGACCGAAACCUGCAAAGAUCCUGUCUCUGUUGUGGACAGCCGACAAUUGACUCUGUUGGAUCCUACGGGGGCUCGGGCGAAACUGUUCGACAAAAUCAACAAGGAUCGAGCCAAGGUUGGCGAUAUUCUGCUUGCAACCUUCACCUCAGGCGAACCAGUCUCGGGCGUGAUUCUCUCAAUCAAAGGCUCAGGGCCUCACACGUCAGUUCUACUGCGCAACCACUUGACAGGAAUAGGAAUGGAAAUGCAAAUAAAGGUGCAUAGCCCGUUGGUACAGAGCAUGGAAAUAGCCCAGAGAGCGCCGAAGAGAAAGAGGCGGGCGAGAAUAUACUACCUCAGGAAACCAGAGCACGACAUAGGAAGCGUGCAGAAAGUGGUCGACCAGUAUCUGAGGCAACGAGCCAUGUUGACUGGUGGAAGACCAUCAAGCCAACUGGGACGGUCGAGAACGAAGAAAGGGAAGAGAUGA